UACAGCCCACACCCCCCGUGCAACAUGUAAUUUGAAAACAAAAUGGCUACCACCAAGAGAUUGAAUUUAAAACUAGUUUCAAAAAUCCUAGUUGUUUUCAAUCCAUUUGAAUGGAAAACCGCGUCAGCAAGAGAAUUUCUGCGAAUAGUUGACACGCAAGCAGUAAGAGCCUCUAAUCCAAAAUGCCUCAUUCAGUCAGAAAUAAGUAAAAAGGUUGAACCAAAAAUUGAAAUUCAUUUUGCUGACAAAGAUAGCUUGGUUUUUGAAACAAGCAAAGUGAAAGUGAGAGAAAUUCUGUCACAGUUCAUGAAGAAGAAUACAGAAAAAGAAAAUAUCAUUUCAACUUGAUUUUCAAUCAACCCCCUCCUGAAGAUGUCAUUCUAACUUGAAAUGAUUUCACUGAAAUCAUGCAACAUUAAAACAUCUGGCCUUAGGUCAACAAUGAAAUUAAGACCACCGUGAAGAAUUGCUUUUUUGUCAAAGAAUAAUGAAAGGUCAAUAUAUUUAUGUAUUUAUGUUAUUCAAAUUGAUGUAGUUGAAACACAAUUAUACCAAACAUUUAACUGUUGA